GGAAAAUAAUGCCAGCGCAUGGCCUCUGUUGGACUUGGCGCAGCUCACUGUGUGGGUUAAGCUGAGAUGGCUGCGGUAGCUGUGCAAAGAUGAUCAAGAAACAAAAUCGCAUGUGAAAAAGGCCAAGAUCCCAUGCCGCAGCGGCUAAAACACGAGCAGUAGACUCACAUAUUGGAAGGAAAGAACCUCCCGAUCAACACACAGCGAUGGAAACCCAGCCCUCCAGUCCCCCAAAAAGGCGAGGCCUCAAGCGCCGCUUCACCGACCUCCACGUCGACAUCAUGAGUAUCCUGCACGGGUACACCCCCUCACCGAGAUUCCUCGUCAGCGACGUCAUCGGGUUUAUUCUCUUCACCCUCCUCGUGACAGACUGGCCAUCCGUCUGGCGCGCGAAGCUUCUCCGAGCAUUUCCCUUGGCACAAACAGCUUCCGAGACCCUCUCCAGCUUCUGGAACGCCUUCUGGCAGGAACGAUGGCACCAGGAAGACCACGCGCAGGAAAAGACGGACAAGUGGAAUCCGUCCUUGUACAAAUCGCCGCCUCCGCGAAUGCGAUCCUGUCGUGAGGUGCUGAAUCGGCAGCAGGCAUUGCGGAAUUGUUGCGCUGCGCAGAUGACGGAUCUCGAGGGGUCUGAUGUGGCUAGGAAUAUGCUGCUGCAGGUGGCGUUGGCGUUUUGCUGGCUUUGGAAAGUGCUCAAGGACUAUAAACGGCUCCUAUGCCUGGUGGAUGCCAUAGAAACCGAUGGAGAAGGGUAUCGCGAGAAGAUCGAGGGGGAGGUGCCGGUGGUUGUUUGUAAAGGAGAGGGAACCAUGCCCGUGGCGCGGCGCGGAUCGUCGUACUGUUGCUUGAGACGGCUUCAACGACAUAUUGAUCGUGGACAAGGCCUGAUUGACAAAUUCGUAGAGCUGCAGAUGUGUGAUGGUACUGAAGAUGCUCUUUGGACUGAGACGGAAUGGCUAAGCGAGAAGGAAGGCGACAUUCCUGCGGAAAUGCUGCAGCAAGAUCGGUUCCUCGUCAACCGUGUCGUUUUCUCGGCCGGGUUAUCAUGGCUCAUGGUUGCUAUCAGCUGCGACUUUGCGACCUUCUACUUCACUGUCUUGAUGCGGCGAUUAGGGGCUCGUUUACUGUCGUGGUGCAAAGUUGUCUGAUAUGCAAAACCUGUGAAGAUAUGUAACGAAUAAACAACAAACACAGAUGACGUGCUCAAGG